AUGUCCAUAUUUAUGACACAACCCGCCUACGCCUAUGCGGCAGCUCCUCCACCUCCUAGAAAAUACUCGGGAAUAAGCAGUGCUUUUAGUGCUUCUGCUAACCCCGAUGAGGACUGGACUAAGAUCUCUGACCUUACUGAGCGCCGAAGAAUACAGAACCGCAUUGCUCAGCGCAACUACCGCAAGAAGCUCAAGCGCCGCCUUGAAGACCUCGAGCGGCGUGCUGGUUCUGACGAUGCGGAGUCUGAUAAGCAGCUACAGAAGCCUACUGAGUCGAAGAAAGGACUUCAAUCUUUGAGUGGGAUUCGCAACAGAGAUACAAUAUCAAAAGAUAACACACGGGGAGAUGAAGCGCGGAUGGGUGAUCUUCUAGCCACUUUUGGAAGAAGGGCAAUGCGACUAAAACCUCAAGCGCUCUCUUGGAAACAGCAUAUAGUAGGACCGGGCUUUGAGCAGAAAAACGGCCGGGUUUUUGAGGUACCUCAAAGCUCCGAGCGUCGCCCCCAAGUCCUGCGUACCAACAUCUAUGACUCUUACAUUGAUUCCACCUAUGACAAGGAUGACAUGUUAAACAACACCAACCUGCUUCUUGCUGAAGACGAUCAUGAAAGCCAUGGGGGACAUAGUGGCUUUGUUGUCCAGAAUAUAGAUGGAGACCAGUGGAUUAAACCGACUGUAGUCCACUACUCACAGAUAUGGAAGACACUGUUCCAAGACAGGUUAAUGGCAUUGAGAUCCGGAUGA